AAAGUUGUAUAAUGAGAACCUAAGGCAAGAUUUGUGAAACGCAACGCACAACAAAGAUACAUUCGAAUCUAUGAGAUACCCAACCAAUUUAUGGUAAUUCUAUGGUGAGUUGAGUAGUGAAAGUUCUAUCUAAUUUACCGUUACACACAAACCAAGCCAGAAUAUUUUCUGGAGUUUCAUCUUAUUUUUGUUUGAUCAUUCUCAAGUGAACCUUUGAAGUGUAAAGUUAUACAGAGUUUCAAAGUGAUUCCAAUGAUGAGUGAAAGAAAUAAAAUUAUAGAUGUUGGAUCUACUAGUAUUUUAUCAAGUUCGAAUAUUCUUGGACAUAAUCCAAAUCCAAUGAAUAACUAUUUGUUGGAUGUAGAAGUUUUUGAAGUGGUCAGCAAUUUCAAUCUUUCAAAGAGUGUCGUGCCAUUUUUAGCAGAUCGUGGUCUCACAAAGCGGAGUUUAUUUUUGCUGAGGUCGGAGCAUAUGUCAAAGAUUUUUCCGGAUAGUGAACUUGGUCUGCAGCUCGAAUUCGAAGAUGAGUUAUUAAAAUGGAAAAAUGAUGAAGCAAGUAUCAUAAAUUACUUCAAAACAGGAGAUCGCUUUAUCAAACCAUAUUUUCUAUGUUUUCUUUAGUUAAGAAAUUGCAAUACGCUCUGUAGCGAUUCCUUAACCGAAGAUUGGAUAUAUGAUCUCUGCUGCAAUCUUGACGCAAAGCCAACGUCUAGAAGAAGUUCCAAAUCAUCAAACAUGUCAUCGAAUUUAACUCAAGUCAAGGACAUUUUAUCGUUGUCCUUAGCUGGAAAGGAUGUCUUAGAUAACUAUAACUCCAACAAAGCACUUACCCAUCGUCAACAAAGGCAGAUUGUUCAACUAGUUAUCGAGUAUUAUGGCCACAAAUCUCAAAGACUAAGUACAUCACAAUUGGACAGUAUAGCAAGGGACAUCGCUUCAACAUUUCAUAGAGAGGAUAAGUCAACAUAUUUCAUUCCGAAAAGUUCAACAUACGCCCAUCCCACUGGCAUUCUAUACAACGCGUAUCAUAAUUUCAAUAGAGGCAAAACUAAGUAUAGACCAACUUCAUCCACAAUCAAACAAGAUCCUUCAUCUAGUUUACCAGCUCCAGAAAUCAGUGAAGAAGAGUUCGAACAAUUCAAACAAUAUCUAAAAUUUAAUGAUCGUCCAUGGGAAAUUGUUCAGGAAAAAUGGGAAAAGACAGCCCCCUAUAGACUGAAGGAAAUACGACAAAUCAGCGAUAAAAACAGUUUAAGCAUUUUGAACGAAUGGCCAUUGUAUAAACAUUCCGGUUCAUAUUUAUUGAUAAAUAUAGACUUUCAAUCAGUCCACAAUUUUGCGUACAACAAAUUGUUUUUGAAACACAUUGAAGUUAAUAAUUUGCUUUUGAAAUAUUAUCAAUCAGACGGAGGAUUAAGGAAUAGAGAGUACAAGAAACAGCUUCCUGAAAUAUGUCUGCUAGAUGAAAACUCCAGAACAUUUCCGUUAUUCAAUUUUCUAAGUACUGUAAUAACACCAAAGCAAUAUAUCAAAUGUCCUGGAAAACCUGGUUGGAAGGUGAACAUCAAGGACAGUGAAAAAUCAUUUGUGUUACGUUGUUCUCAAGAAAAUGACAUCUUAAGUCAAGUUGAAGUUGAAAAGAAGAAGUGUUUGGAAUAUAAAAUACCCUACCAACCUUCUAUCAUUGCUGUGGGUGAAAGUCUUCUAAGCAAAACGGAUUUCUAUAUAUAUUUUGACGGAUCGCUAUUAAAAUUUAAUAAUUUUAUUUCAUGCUUAGACACAUGCUUUAAAAUAUUUCAUGUUUUUGAUUUGGAAUAUCCAAAACAAUCUUUACUUAUUUGGACUUUCAUUCAAACAUAUAUUUACGAAAUAGAUGUUGAUUCUUCUAAGAAGUUUGCAUCGUUAGCAAGGUUUAUAAAUAACUUGAAAAAACUUAGUUCAUAAGAUUAUAUUUAAAAAACGAUGGUUGA